CGUAAUGAGUACAUGAAAAUUCCCUGAAUCAUUCGCUUCAGUACGAGCGGCGCUACGCGGGGAUUUGCUCACAUCUUGGUUAGGAUAAAAGAUAACGAAGCUGAAAUUUACAGCAGAAAUGUUGCGACCCGUCAGUUUAUCUGCAGUGCUCGUCAUCCUCGCAAUCAUUUUCCCCGCAACAAAUUCUGAGGAAAAUAAACUGACGUGCUACAACUGUCGGGGGUACAGAGCUGGGGAACUGGAAGACGCGGUUACCAACAACCCCGACUGUGACGUCGACUCCUUCUCACCCACCAGCCUCCAUACAGUUACCGAAGUAGAGAAGAACGAUACAACCUUCGCCGUCUGUUACACUUUCGUAAUAAGAGAUGGAGUUCACAAUGAAAAACGGCCAUACACAAAACGGGGUUUAGCGUACAGCACCAUCGUGCCAAAUCUGUCCAGUAUGGAUAGGUUUUUCCGCGAUUUAUCUUCAUUAGACGGAGAAGAUGUUUACUCCCGGGCUUCGCCAAGUUCACAAGUGGAUUCUGUAUCCGCUGGCAAAAAACUUGCGGCAAAUAUUAACAUAAACAUUGAAAUUUGUCAGGAUGAUUUGUGCAAUAACAAAAAUUCAGCUUCGAAUUCAGGUCUUCUUUCGUUGCUACUUGUUCUCUGUUUAUCAAUUAUAAUAGUAUAAAUGGAAAAUGGUUAUUGAACUGCACACUAGUGACACUACGUCAACUAUUCAAAUUCAAGGCUUUCAAGCUCUCCUACAAUUUUGAAGCCACAACUCACAAGCUAUCUCCUAUUAUCUUCUAUCUAGUAUCUAAUUAUUAAUAAAAUGAAUGAAUUAUUUAUCCUAUUC